AUGGCGGUGGCCGUCCUGCCACCGCACAGCCCCCAUGAGUCCCCCUCUGCGGCGGAGGCCCCCGGCGGGCAGGAGGAAGCCAAAGCUGGCAACCCCAAGAAGGUGGAGGAGGAGGAGGAGAUUGACAUCGACCUGAGCGCGCCUGAGACAGAGAAAGCUGCGCUUGCCAUCCAGGGCAAAUUCCGCCGUUUCCAGAAGCGAAAGAAGGAGUCGGGGCCCUGA